GCGGCGCUUCGGCAAGACCGCACCAUGGUGCAGCAAGCGGAAAGUACGGAGGCGGAGAGCAACCUGCCCCGGGAAGCGAUGGACACAGAAGAGGGCGAGUUCAUGGCUUGCAGCCCGGUCGCUUUGGACGAGAGCGAUCCGGACUGGUGCAAAACGGCGUCGGGGCACAUAAAGAGACCGAUGAACGCGUUCAUGGUGUGGUCUAAGAUCGAGAGGAGGAAAAUCAUGGAGCAGUCCCCGGACAUGCACAACGCGGAGAUCUCCAAGCGCCUGGGCAAGCGGUGGAAAAUGCUGAAGGACAGCGAGAAGAUCCCUUUCAUCCGGGAGGCGGAGAGGCUGCGGCUCAAGCACAUGGCCGAUUACCCCGACUACAAAUACCGGCCCAGGAAAAAGCCCAAAAUGGACCCGUCGGCCAAGCCCAAUGCCAGCCAAAGUCCGGAGAAAAACGCACCCGCCAGCAGCGGCGGCAGCAAAAGCGCCAAGAGCUCCAGCAAGAAGUGUAGCAAGCUGAAAGCCGCCGCCGCCUCCUCGCCCCCCAAGCCGGGAGCCAAAGCCGCCCACCACGGGGACUACGCGGGCGACGAGUACGUCUUCGGCACCCUGAAAGUGAGCAGCAAGACGGUCAAGUGCGUCUUCAUGGACGAGGAGGAGGACGAGGAGGAGGACGAGGACGAGCUGCAGCUGCGGAUCAAGCAGGAGGCGGAGGAGGAGGAGGAGGACGAGGAGCCGGGGGCGCAGCAGCUGCGGCGGUACAACGUGGCCAAAGUGCCGGCGAGUCCCACCUUGAGCUCCUCGGCGGAGUCCACCGAGGGGGCCAGCCUCUACGAGGAGGUGCGGGGCGGCGCCGCGGCGGCGGGCGGCGGCAGCAGACUCUACUACAGCUUCAAGAACAUCACCAAGCAGGGCCCGCCGCCGCCGCAGCAGCCGCCCGGCCUCUCCCCGGCCUCCUCCCGCUCCAUCUCCACCUCGUCGGCCGGCAGCGAGGAGGCGGACGACCUGCUCUUCGACCUCAGCCUCAACUUCUCCCAGCACGGCCACGCCGCCGCCGAGCUGGGGGCGGGCGCCGCCGCCGGCAACCUCUCCCUCUCGCUGGUGGACAAGGACCUGGACUCCUUCAGCGAGGGCAGCCUCGGCUCCCACUUCGAGUUCCCCGACUACUGCACCCCGGAGCUGAGCGAGAUGAUCGCGGGCGACUGGCUGGAGGCGAACUUCUCCGACCUGGUGUUCACGUACUGAGCCAGGGCGGGCGGCGAGGAGGCAGCGGCGGA